CUCUCGACCCCACUCUCUAGAAUCCUUCCUGCAAAUUUUCGCGACCUUUUUCUCAUUUUUCAAUCGCUUCUCUUCAUGCACAUGCGUUUCUACAGUUUCAGAUCUAGGCAGUAAUGGAGGCUCCGCAGGCCUGCUCAGAAUUCACCCGCCCGCUCGCCGGCGCCGGCGCAACUCUCACCGAUUUACAGAAGGCAUGGCACGUUUUCGCCCUGCUGAUGUCAAUUCGACGGCCGGCCCUGCCGCCAGAGCUCGCAUCUCGGUGUACGCUUUUCCAUACGACGCCGGAUUUCAUCGAAUUCCUUUGCACGCUCCCUUAUUCUCCACUCCAUUUGACUCGAGAAUGCCUCGUCACAUUCUCUCCGGUUGUGUACAUUACAUUCGCUAAAUUUGUUGCGUGUGUGAACGAAAUUGCCGCUGUUUUUCCUGGAUUAAAGUUCGAAGGGCUCACGUCUGGGAGAGCGGUUGACGGUGGUGAGUUGCGGACGUAUUACAGGAAGAAGAAAAGGACGAGAUGGACAGUGGAGGGAUUGCCUGUGUUAAAAAAGAGAAGAACUUUAGAUAGUUUGUAUGCCGAUAAAGGAAAUCAUGUGGGGAUGGAAUUGCCUGGAGAGACGCAGGAUGUAUAUGCUAAGGAAUGGUUUCAGGAUGACAAUUAUAUGAGUAUGAACAUAGAUACUUGGGAACCAUUGUGCUUGGCCUCUGACAAUGGACUGGGGAAAAUAUUUACUACCUGCAGUAUUGAUGUCUGCAAUGAGGCUUUUAGACAUGGAUCUGAUAGCAUACAAUGUAAUGAUGAACCAAUGUUAGAUAAAAUAGGAAGCAAAACUGAAGCAGGUUCUGUACAUUCAAUUGUGUCUAAAGCUGAGUUCCUGUAUGAUGAGACUUUUUUGAACUUCCCUGAACCAGUAGAGAAAAUGAACACAUAUUCCACCCCUCAAUUAAAGCCACUUCAGCUGACUGGUCUAGUGGAAAAUCACGUAGCAAGUACAGAAAAGGAGGUGUAUGAUAUUACUACAAUUAAGUUGUCUCUCGAUGGGAAGCAACUUGCAACAUGUGCUCCUAGUUCAAAAUACGUUCUUAAGGAUGCCUUGAUUACUGCACAGCCAACUGUCUACAAGACACUUGACAAUGGUGUGCCGGUCAGUUCUCUUCUAGAGAAGGAGACGAUUAAUAGAAAUGUGAAGCCAAUCUCUGCAAAGAAGAAGCUAAAUUAUAAUCAUGAAGUCUACAAGCCACUUGAUAAUGGUGUGCCGGUCAGUCCUUGUCCAGAGAAGGAGCCAAUUAAUAGAGAUGUGAAGCCAAUCUCUGCAAAGAAGCUAAAUUAUAAUCAUGAAAUGUUUUUGGAUACUAAAACAAGGAAUGGAAAUUUUAAAGAAAAAAGACAAGACUUAAAUCCCCACUCUGCAAAAGAACAAAUAGAGCAAAAAGAGCUGCCCAACUUUGAGUCUUUUGCCGUUGAGGAAGAAGAGGGUUCAGGUGGUUAUGGAACAGUGUAUAGGGCAAGGAGGAAAAGUGAUGGGAGAAAAUUUGCAAUCAAAUGUCCUCAUUCUAAUGCCAACAGACAACAUGUCCUUAAUGAGGUCAAGAUGCUGGAACGAUUUGGGGGAAAGAAUUUUGUGAUUAAAUAUGAAGGAUCGCUCAAGAAUGGAAGUUCUGAUUGCCUAGUUUUAGAGCAUGUGGAGCAUGACAGACCUGAUGUUUUGAAGAAAGAAAUAGAUGUUUUCCAGAUCCAGUGGUAUGGCUACUGUAUGUUCAAGGCCCUUGCUUCUAUUCAUAAGCAGGGUAUUGUUCAUAGGGAUGUCAAACCGGGAAACUUCCUUUAUUCUCGUAAACUAAAUAAAGGUUACCUCAUUGAUUUUAACCUAGCCUUGGAUAUGAACCAAAAAUAUGGAAUUGCAGAUAAGACAAAAUUGGAACAGGCUACAGGCUUUGAUGAAACCCCUCUUAGCCUUAAUAAAUCUCUUCCUCCAAUUAAAAGUAGAAGAUUUCCAAACAUGAAGCUUUUAGAAACCGUCAAUCAGGAAGCAGCAGCGAAAGGCAUCAAGAGGACUCUACAGCCUAAGAAUACAAAAGUGAAGGGUGGCUUAGAAAAGGUUCACCCUGAUAUUGGGAGUAGGAAUAUAAUAAAAAGCCAAGGUGCUGAUGGCUCGGGGUUAACUUCUACAAAGGAACCAACAAGCACCAGAACCCCAUCAGCAGAAAGGUUGAGACAGCCUCUCCCAUGCCAUGGUAGAAAGGAGCUGAUCAGCCUGGCGCAGGAAGCACUGCAAGGUGCAAACCAUAGGGAAGUGAAAGGUCCCACUUCUAAGAGAAAGAGGAUUGCAGCACCUCCUGGAAAAGAAGACAGGCAAUUUGUUUAUGUAACUCCCAUGCCACUGCAUUCCUCUGGAAUUGGCAUUCGUGGUGCUGGGUUACUCAAGAGUAAAGGUGAUGGAAAGCAAAAGCGGGAAGGUUCAUGUGUUGGGACGAAGGGUUUCAGGGCUCCAGAGGUAUUAUUCAGGUCUCUACAUCAAGGUGCCAAGCUUGAUGUUUGGUCAGCUGGUGUCAGCUUACUGUAUCUUAUGAUAGGGCGAACCCCCUUUGCUGGAGACCCUGAUCAGAACAUAAAAGAGGUUGCCAAGUUGAAGGGCAGUGAGGACUUAUGGGAAGUGGCCAAACUGCACAACCGCGAGUCAUCAUUCCCAGCGGAGCUCUUUGAUGUAAAAUCCUUGCCUUCGGUUAAACUACGAGAGUGGUGUACCAGGAACACACGGCGACCAGAUUUGCUUGAUGCCAUUCCUGCAUCGCUUUUUGAUCUGGUGGACAAGUGUUUGACAGUAAACCCGAGAUUGAGGAUCAGUGCAGAGGAAGCCCUCCGGCAUGAGUUCUUUGCUCCAUGUCACGAGUCUCUCAGAAAACACAGGCUGUCAAGACAAGGAGCCAGUAACGGCUCAGGGAGUAUCCUUCCUUUAACAGGACAAGCCCAGGCAAGUGGAGUAGGUCUAUGAACAUCUCAAGCUUUCUACAUAUUCUUUUUUGUACUGUAAAAUAGCUUACUAGGUACAAGAUCUUGGUAGAUAAGGAUGUAAAAGUAGCUGCGUUAAUAUCUGUGACUAAUCUAACUUUUUCUUUAUUGUGUCAUACAUGUGAUUGGAAUA